UCGAUCCUGUGUUCGAUACAAAAACUCGCCGUCAUGUCGAAAAGGGAAGUCUGUUUUCUUCUUCCUGCCACACUGGCAGUGGUUCUGGCCAUUGCCAGUGGUCAGUCCGUGUCCAGAACUACGGCCACAGUGACCACGGGGAACGCCUAUACCCCGGCAUCGGUGAGCAGUACCGUACAACCCCCGAUAGCGCUCAGCACCGAAGAUGAAUGUAGGUAUUACAAUUCCUGUGGCGUUUGCAUCCAGCAUUGGGAGUGUUACUACUGCGACAAGGACAACUCCUGCCGCCUGUACCCGGCUGCACAUGUUCUACCGGCACACUGUCCGCUGGACCAGGUUCGCUGGGGAAUCAGCUGCUCUAUCACGUUCCUGGCGAUUGUGAUCACCGCUGGUGUGAUUGUUGGAGUCCUGCUGCUGGCCCUGUGCUGUUGUUGCUACUGUUGCUGUUGUAGGAAGUCACGCAGGAGGGGGUACACCCGCCUGACCGGUGGGGAUUUCGACGUCACAUUUCACGACCGUGACAUUCAGCUGAACCUGGGCGACCGUCAGCCGACGGGUACACGGGCCGCACGUACAACCAGGACCACCAACAUGUAGAAUAACUACUGUCAAACCAUAUUAGCUUGUAGCUGCCACCUCUUCAAGCCUGUCACCUGGUCAUAAGGGGCGCCUUUUCGAGAUCCCAAUUUUCUUUCCAUAGUCGUAAACAUUAAGCGACCUACCAAAGACCACCUGUCCUAGAGUCCUCUGGGUGGCAUUCUGAGACAGUGUUGACUGUAAUCUAUGCUCACCGUUUUUUAAUGUCUAUGAGUAUUCACCAAUGAAUUGAAAAUACACAAAACUGUCAAAAUU